UCAUAUUGUUACUGCUGAUUUUACUUCUCAUAGAAAUUACAAGUCAAAAUGCCUAUCUCUUUACACAGUCAUAGUGGGCAGUUCUGUAAGCACGCUUUCUGUUCAUUAGAAGAGGUUGUUGUUAGAGCGAUCGAAGCCGGGUUUACACAUUACGGGCUAUCGGAACAUAUGCCGCGAUAUGAAAUAGAAGAUUUAUACGAGGAAGAAGUGGAGGAAAAUAUGACACCUGCUGAUCUCCAGAACGUGUUUGAAGAUUUUGUAAAGGAAGCAAGGCAUCUUCAAGAAAAAUACAAAGACAAGAUUUGCCUAAUUGUUGGCUUAGAAACAGAAGUUAUAAGAGAAGAUAGUUUUGAUCGGAUUCGCAAGUUGAAAAAGGACCUGAAAUUGGAUUACAUAGUAGGAUCAGUUCACCAUGUUGAUGGAAUUCCGACUGAUUUUAGCCGUGAACUUUUCAAAAAAGCAGAAAAUCAGGCUGGUGGAACAGAACAAGUGAUGUGCAGAUACUUUGAUCUCCAGUACAAGCUAAUGGAAGAACUUAAACCUGAGGUCAUUGGUCAUUUUGAUGUCAUCAGACUUUAUCGAGCUGAUUUUGAAAUUACAGAUUUGAUUUGGGAGAAGAUUGUUCGGAAUAUAGACUUUGGGAACUCCUAUGGAGCUUUGUUUGAGAUAAAUACAAGUGGUGCAUCACCAAGAAAGAAUCUGAAGUAUCCAUACCCUCACACACGAAUUCUUCAGUAUCUUCUGACUUCUGGAGCUAAACUUACACUGUCUGACGAUGCACAUGGUACUGGUGAUGUAGGUUUCUGGUACAACAACUUGCCCCAGUACUUAGCUACUCACAAUGUCACUGAGCUAUACUAUCUGGAGAAGGCCCUGAUGACUAAUCCCUCCUCAGAGCAUCAAGGCAGUGUGGUGUGUAAGAAGACAGAAGGCAGACUGUUUAAGCCAUCCAUUUUGGACUCGCUGCUCUGACAUUUUAGAAAAUGACAAAUAAAAUUUUGUUUCCUAAUCUUUGGUCAUUUGUUUGUGGGGCUGAAACUCAGUGAUGUAUACUUUUCUACAGGGAGGUUCUUCCCCGUAGUCCAAACCCUUAUACUUUUAUAUACUGUUUUUGACAGAGAAAGUAACCCGAAUAAAUGUUUAUUAUCGGAAAAUUGCCACUUGUGAAAAAAGAUAACUAGGUUUUCUUCACCUAGUUCAAAAAGUUUCUCCAAUGAGACGCAAGAUUUAUUUCAGCUUAUCGUAAAGUUCAAACAAGUGCAAUCUACUUUUUCCACAGCAGGUUACGCUUUCUGGUUAGUUUAGCAGACUUUUCGAUAUUUGUUAACACUUGUAGCUCCGGGUUUCAGGUUUGUGGUGGUGGUUAGUUGUUACAAAAGUGUGGUUCGUCAUGCUUUCACCAAACUAGAUUGAGAUGUUGUCCAAAGAUACCACUUGGGACCAAAGGAGUCGAUCAAAAAUUCUUCUAUAUUUAAGUUAAUUGAAUAACUACAAAACUUGAUCCGUGUACGGAUAUCAAAAUUUAUCUCCUUUGGUGGGAUAAAAAAACAGAAGUCUGUUUCAACGCUGCAAUACUAUACGAAGGCACCGAAAACAGAGUGACAAAUCUCUCCCUCAAUAGAGCGCAGGCGAGUACCGUAAAAUUGACAGACUCGCCAUGUUAGAAAGGCAAACGCAUUCUUCCAAUGCGCGUCAUUCCUUGCGCGUCCUAUUUUCUUCCUGCGUUAAGUCGCAUUGACGCGCAGUCGUGUUCAGAAGUGUUUGCAUUUUGGCUAGACUUGCCACAGAUCAUUUUUUUUUUGUCUCUCACAAGACUGAAAUAUUUUCGAAUCUUCAAGACGAUACGUUAGACGUUCUUAGCCGCCUCAUUUGAAUAGGUUUUUAGAAUAAUAACAGAUAGGUAACAUGGUAAAUUAAGAAAAAAAAUGAAAUUGAUAACAUGGUUGGUGUUUGUGGUCGUAGGUGGGUGCUGGCUGUCUGGUGUGGUUAAUUAAGUUAUGAAGCUCGUGGGCGUUUUCGCAGAAAAGUUUGUAGGCGUUUAAGCAGUUGUGGGCACCACGGGUGUUGUGGUUGACGCCCCCAAAACGGACCACAAUACCCACAACGGCCAGGGCGCCCUGACUAACAACAUAACACCCACAUCUGCCCCAACACCACAUGUACAAUAGUCAAGGCUUGAUAGAAGAUCUUUCUUUGGAUCUUCUAAUGACGAAGGCAGUGGCUUAUUGAUUUAGCUGUUCAGUUAAAACUUCCGUUCUAUUGCCAACAGCUUCCUCGACUGGUAGUUGUUUUUUUGCAACUUACUUGCGUUAAGCCAUACAUUUUUUUCACUUUCUUUUAAUUGCAUUUAACACACAGGGUGACAGAGGAAAUUACUCUCGACUUUUAAUUUGCAAACAAAUAAGCCCACAAAUACGUCUGGGAAUGACACGACUAUAUUUUAUAACUCAGUUACAAAA